AUGCAGGUAGAUCCUGUUCUGGACAGCAGGUUGAGUGAGGAGUUGAGUUUGUAUGCUCAUAAGCAUUUCGCGAAAGGGCGAAGUGAGAGAGUUUACAGGUAAGUAGAUUUCUUUGUUUUUCAAUAACACCUACCCCCUGCCCCCCUAACCAGAUACUAACUGCCCCCCCAGCCCUUCCCCCAUUUCCCCACCCAACUGGUCAUACUUUAUGGCAUAGCUAACUAACACCAAAAAAAUACAAAUAGAUUCCUGCACAAAAUUAACAAUUUUGAAUUACUUGGAUACAACGUGAAUAUGACGAAGAAACAACGUGAUGAAACAAAUAUUCAGAAGUACAAAGACAGAUUUUGGAAGAAAGAGAAAAAGCAAGACUAUCCCAUAUGUUGA